AUGGAGCACUUCAGGAACAACGAACUGCAACGGCCAGAUGCGUUUAAUUUUGCCCUCGAUGUUGUAGAUGUCUGGGCUGCGAAAUCGCCUCCCCUGGAGGCCAUGCUCUGGGUAUCCUCCGAUGGCCUUUCUCACAAGUCCCUGAGUUAUCGCUAUUUUUCGCGUCAAUCCCAUCGGAUUGCUCUACUCCUGGAACAGCUCGGUGUCCAGCCCGGUGACACAAUGCUGAUGGUUCUUCCGCGGCUCCCAGCAUGGUGGGAGGUCGCCACGGCAGGGCUUCGAAGCGGGAUUGUAAUUGCUCCCGCGACGACCCUGUUAACUGCGGCAGACAUUGAGUAUCGCUGCCACAAGAGCAAAGCAAAGGCCUUCGUCGGUGAUGCUACCAGUGUCGCAAAGGCUCUCCAGAUUCACCACAGGUGUCCCUCCCUUCAGGUUGUUAUUCAGGUUGAUGGCAAGACGGACCCAGACAAAGGAGUGACCGGCCUGGGCGAGGCUCUGCAGGCUAUCGAGCCUGGAGCAGUAUAUACAACAAGCAGGCUCGGCUGGAAUUCCCCAGCAAUUCUCUACUUUACAUCAGGCACCUCGGGGCUACCAAAAAUGGUUCGCCAUAAUCAGGUAUCUUAUCCACUAGCCCAUCUUAUUACCGGGAAAUACUGGCUGAAGCUGUCACCCGGCGACCUAUGCUGGAAUUAUACUGAGCAAGGAUGGGGAAAGGCCGCGUACUCCUUUUUCGGGGCCUGGAAUUGCGGCGCCAGUUUAUUCAUCUGGGACGACCGGCAAGCUUUCAAUCCAACCUCGCUUCUUGACAUCCUCCAUCGUUUCCCAAUAACGAGCCUCUGUGCUCCUCCCCUAGCAUGGCGGCAGCUCGUCAAACCCCGGUGUCAGGAGUACUACCACAAGCAUCGAUCGCGCGCGCUUAGAGGGUGUACUUCUGCAGGAGAGGCAUUGGACCAGGCAGUAAUCAGUCAGUGGCGGGACCUCACCGGUCUGGUUAUCCGUGAAGGGUACGGUCAAACGGAGGCGAUCUUGAUGUGUGGUAACUACGGUGAUUUCCCGAUCAAACCCGGGUCCAUGGGAAAGCCUCUGCCUGGGAUUCCUCUUCAUGUCAUUCAACCUGACGGGGAAGAAACUGCGGCAGACGUGGAAGGGGAACUGGCUCUUCUUCUUUCUGACGGCGAACGGGCUGCGAAAUUCUUUGGCAUUUUUGAUGGCUACGUCGACGAUAGUGGUAAGGCGACACGCCACGAACGAGUGAGCAACAACAACGGAACAGUCCAACGCUGGUAUAUGACAGGGGACAAGGCGAGAAGAGACAAGGACGGUUAUCUUUGGUUUGUUGGUCGUGCAGAUGAUGUGAUUAAUUCCUCGGGCUAUCGAAUUGGUCCAUUCGAAGUCGAGUCUACCUUGCGAAGGCAUCCAGCUGUCGCAGAGUGCGCUGUUAUAUCAUCACCGGACAUGGCGCGCGGUGAAGUUGUCAAGGCUAUUAUUGUCCUUACCCGAGAGUAUUCGUCUGCGCCCGCAGAUGCUCUCGUCAAAGAGCUUCAGGCCUUUUGCAAAACGAGCUCGGCGCCGUAUAAGUAUCCCCGCAAGAUCGAUUUUGUGCAGGCCGAAACAUUACCCAGAACCGUCAGCGGCAAGAUCAAGAGGGCGCAGCUCCGAAAGCAGGAAUGGGGUGAUGUAAAGGCGAGGAUUGCGCAUAAGCUAUAGUGUACUUGGACGUG